UAACAUAAAACAUUUAACUUUUUCAUAAUCAAGUGUAACUUUUAUCACUUUUCAGUGUCCUGUAUAUUUACAAAAAUAUUCAUUAUGAAUUCCAUAUUAAGGAGAAGCAUUUACCCAAUUUAUAAUAAUACUUUUAAAAUAACAAGUCGGCUUCUUGCGGAUGCUGCUGUGAACGAGAAAAUUGAUAAAAUAGUAAAGAACAACAAAGUUGUGGUAUUUAUGAAAGGAGUUCCAGAUGCUCCCAGAUGUGGAUUUAGUAAUGCUGUUGUACAAAUUAUGAGGAUGCAUGCUGUUCCCUAUGAAAGUCAUGAUGUUUUAUCUGACGAAAAUCUUAGGCAAGGUAUUAAAGAUUAUUCUAACUGGCCAACAAUUCCCCAAGUAUUUAUAAAUGGAGAAUUUGUUGGAGGAUGCGAUAUUAUGUUGCAAAUGCAUCAAUCUGGGGAACUAGUCGAAGAGUUGAAAAAAGUUGGGAUCAAAAGUGCGUUACUCACAGCAGAAGAAUCUAAGAAAGAAGGAGCAUAGAUACAGAAAACAUGUUUAUCAAUUAUGAUCUGAAAUUGAUGCUUGGUACAAGACAUAUUAACAGAUUUUCAGUCUGAAGAAUGUUAAUAAUUUCACAAAUUAAAUUAAGACAAAAAGUUACUUUUAUUUAUAUGAUAUAGCAUUAUAUAAGCUUCAGGUCUCUUGGAAUUAUCAGUAUAUUUAUGAAAUUGCAAUAAUUUAGAAUAAAUAAAUAAAAUUAAAAUUAUCUAUAAAGACAAAUGCAAUGUAACCUAUUUAUGAGAGCACAUAGUGUAGACCUGUACGUUAUCUUUUGAACUUAGUAAUAGAUUGUAAUAUUAUAAUAGGUUUGGUUGUUGAUAAAUAAAAUAAUUUUUGUUUUAA